GUGACCAGGGGGAAACCCGGAAGCGGAAGUGUCGCGCGAGAGCGACAGGGGAGAGGGAGCGAGAGGCGGCCAGGCGAAGCCUUCCUUCCUUCCUCCCUUCCUCCCUCCUGGAAGGGACCCCAGGCCGGGAUGGUCACAAGGCCAUUGGUACCAGUAGGAGCCCAGUUCUGGCGCUGGAUGUGUUGGCACCUAGCCCCACCUGGGGGAUCAUGAACGGGAGUGCAGUGCCCCUAUCCCCGGUAGGGGGAGGGAUGCUGGGUGAGCCUGCCUCUCUCCCCUCACCAGGUUGGCGGGAAUUCUGUGAGGCACAUGCUCGGGCUGCCGCUGUGGAUUUUGCUCGGCGUUUCCGGGCCUUCUUGGGUGAGAACCCACAGUUUGCCACUCCAGGAGCCGAAGCCGCCUUCUCACGUCGUUUUGCUGAGCACUUCCUGGAACAUUUUGAGGCCGAAGUGAGCCGGGCUUAUGCUAGCGACUCACCACCUCGCUGUGACAUCGCUCCCUUUACUGGCUGUUCCUCUGCCCGUGACCUCUCCGAAACCUGCAGUGACUCGUCAGUGGCCUCACCCGUGGAGCCUCCCCUAGGGCCGCCCUCUGGACUCUCCAGCAGUCAGUCCCGCAGCUCUGAGGAUGUUUCUACUGUGACAACAGUGACUGCCACCAAACCAAAGCUGAAGAAGCGUUUUUCGUUGCGCAACGUGAGCCGUAGUGUCCGUGGCAGUGUCCGUGGCAUCCUGCAGUGGAAGACAUCAGUUGACUCGUCCCCUGGGGGUGGAGACGGGGCAGGGACAGGAGCCAACAGUAAUUCCAACUCUUCAGGAGGCGGUGACUCUGAUCGCUGGACUCACCGAUUUGAGCGUCUGCGGCUCAAUAAAGCCACCCCGGCCACUCUUCGAGUGGAACUGGCCAGUGUGAGGCGUGAGGGCUUACUGAACUACAUUGUGGCUGACGAUGGGUCAGGCGGGGGUAGUCGGACACGCUGGCAGAAAUGCCGUCUUCUCCUGCGCAAAGCAGGGAAAGGGGAGGGAGAGGGGUACCUGUUGGAGUUCUACAUCCCACCAAAGGCAUCAAAGCCACGGGUCAGCAUUGCCUGCUCCUGUGUAGUAGAUGUGCGGACAACUACUCCCCUGGAAAUGCCAGACAAGGAGAACACGUUUGUGCUCAAGCUGUCAAGCUCCUUGGAGUACAUCCUUGAGACAGUUGAUUCGCUACAAAUGCGCUCCUGGCUGGCAGACAUUCAGGAAUGUAUGGGCCUUGGAGAGAGCACCGAUAGUCUGGAGCAGUCGUGCAUGAACCACUCAGAGAGCAUGCCCAGCCGGGAACUUCCCAUGGUGCCGAGUGAAAGCAAUGAACAGCUCAGCCAAGGUGCCUAUGGUGGACUGAUGGAGCGUCCUUCAGCCUCCAUGUCCCCCAGUUCAGUCUCUAUUGCUGCCUCGCACUUUGACUCCAUGGAGCUACUGCCUCCAGAGCUGCCGCCACGAGUGCCGAUAGAUGAAGGGCCAUUUCCCACUGGCCUCCUCCAUACAGCUUUCCCUGAAACCCCAGACACCACAGGUUCCUUCCUUUUCCAAGGAGAGCCUGAUCCAGGCGGGGGAAGCCUUGGUGAAACAGAGCACCCGCUCUCUGAUUAUCCUUGGUUCCACGGCACCCUCUCCCGCCUCAAAGCAGCACAGCUGGUCCUGGCAGGAGGAACCAGCAGCCAUGGUGUUUUCCUAGUGCGCCAGAGUGAGACACGACGUGGGGAAUAUGUCCUGACCUUCAACUUCCAGGGGAAAGCCAAGCACCUGCGCCUCUCCCUUAACGAGGAUGGGCAAUGCCGGGUUCAGCAUCUCUGGUUCCAGACCAUCUUCGACAUGCUGGAGCAUUUCCGGGUCCAUCCCAUCCCCCUUGAGUCAGGUGGUUCCAGCGAUGUGACGCUCGUCAGCUAUGUGGUGGCUUCACAGCGGCUGCACGAACCGAACACCUCUCGUAACCUGCCGCCGCCCCCGCCCCCGCUUCCCCCUGCCCGGCCACCUCAUGCGCCCCCCGACCACGGCUCGCUGGAGACUGAGGGACAAGUAGAGGAAGAGGGCCAAACAGCGCCAGAGGUGGACGAGGGAGCAGCCGCAAGAGGCGGGGGUCCGCUUCCCUUGCCGGAGGAGCCAGAAGGACGAGCCAGGGCUGUGAACAACCAGUACUCAUUUGUCUGAGUCCCAUGGAUAUGAGAAAGAAAGCGAUGAAAGGGACUUUGACUAUCACCAGAGAGCGCUCUUACCCUGGCUAUGGUACAGGAUGGGCUUGCAUGCCCAGUAGAUUUCUAGACUUUCCUCCAGUAACCUAUGAAAAGAGGACUGGCCUUAUCUCCUCCUAUCUUUCCCUGUCUCCUCUUCCUCUUGGAUUUGGAGCAAAUGUCAAUUCUGCUUGCCCCCAAAAUGUAGGUACAAUCCUGCCUCCCCUUUCCUGAUCUCCUAAUCCCAAUUUGCAAUAGCUCGGUACACACUACUUUUACCAUUUUUGGUUGCUGAAGUACGGGCCUGCUUUCCCUUCUUUCUUCCUUCAUGCCCUCUCCAGCCUCAGAUCUCUGCAAUUAGGCAGGAGUUAUAGCUCACUGCAAACACUACAGGUAAAGGUAGGUGUAGGUGGUUCAUUCACCACUUCCACCCCUCAUAAACAUUGACUCUAGACACAGUCUUUUGCAUCCCUACCCUUCUUGCUGAAUGUAUGGAGUCUCCGAAUGUAACGCCCUCUUCCCUACCUUCCCUGCUCUCUUGGGGCAGUGAAGGAUAGCUUCCUUUUCCCAACCCAGAAAUAUAUUUAUAUUCUUUCAUCACUCUCCUCUUCACCCUCACAAUUCGGGACUGGCCACACAUGAUAAAGUCUCCAACCACUCUGUUAAUUUUUUUAAAAAAAAGAAUACUACUAUACACUUUCACAGAUACUGUUCCCUUUCCUCUUGUUCCCGCUACACCCCUUCUCUUCGCCCCAUUCAAAAUUUAUUUUUCUACUGUGGACUAGUUGGACUGCUCAGGCCCUCUCUUAUCUCUUCAAAUUCUUUCAUUUUUUUAAAAAAAUUACUCUGAGGUACUGUU